GUUGGUAAUUUUCAUUUUGCCUAGAAGAGAAUCAUAUUUUGGCACCUAUGAGUCACAUUUUAACGUUUUCCAUUUUAUGUAAUUAGCAAAAUAUGUAAAGUAGUGUUAUAAUAUAAGCGAUAUCCACAUACGAUAACAAACAAUGCAUCAUUUUGUGGAUUAUUAAAGAAAUGUACUCCACACAGCAUAAGAAGUGCAUUUAUGUGAUAAAGUGUUAAAGAUUAGUGUGGAUGACUGUACUUGAUAAUUCAAAAUCUUUAUUCUUAGCAAGAAAGUAUUUGUGCGCGGGAACUUGAUUGGUGAUUUCGUGUUUUUGAGAAUGGAUUAAUAGAUGGAGAUUGUGGGACUAUAUAGCAAAGAAUGCGAGAUCCCUCUGAGUUUAGCAGACUUUAGAUGUUUUUUAAGAAACUUGUGAAGUGUCCAAAUAAAAUGUUACCAUCAAUCAGCUCUUACUCGUUCCUCUACACCCUGUUCGCCUGGCUAUUGGGCUUCUGCUACGGCUUCGUGCUUCUUUCUUCAGCUGCCGGCCACAACGCCGGUGUGAGACUCUUCGACGUGGGCUCAGCUGUCAGCUACAAGCUACACUCCACUUUGCUGUUUGACGAGAACGAAGAGAGUACCAAAGACGUCGGAUUCUACAUAGAUGCUGAUGUUGUGAUCGAGGCUGUGUGGGAGAACGAUGAACAAAGGCUGCUUAAGAUAGAGUUGAAAUCACCGAGGUUACACAUAAAAUCUAGAAAAGCACCGACACCGGAUGGGUUCAUACCCCACUGGUCUAAGUUAGAAGAGCUGACGAACAAACCGUUCUUGAUGGUGUGGAAAAAUGGUAAGAUCGAAAAGAUUUUGCUGGCGAAAACUGAAGAAGUUUCCAUGGUCAAUUUGAAGAAGGGAUUUGCCAGUUUGCUGCAGAUACAGCUUUCAGAAGGUACUGUUGAUGAAACCGAUGCUUCAGGAAAAUGUACAGCUACGUAUACCUCACAGUCAUCAACGAAGAUAGUAAAAACAAAGUCGAAUUGUACAUCGGAUGAUUUUUAUAGGGUAAACAAUCCACACGAAUUUUUAAGAGUCAAUAGGAAUUCUUUUAUAACCGUUGAAUACGAGGCUGAUUCUAGCAAAACGUACCUUAAUUCUAUAGUGGCAAGGGAAAAUCAUGUGAUGUAUUUACCAAUUAAAGAAGAUAUAGCUUGCAGAGUGAAAAGUGAACAGAUCCUAUCCUAUGUCUCGAGUGAAAAAAUCAGAAUCCUAGAAGCAAGUACUGUCGAGGAAGCUAUAGAAAGUAUAAGUAAAACAGAAGGAUUGAUAUUUACCCAGGAAACACUGUUAACUGAGAGGGAAUCUCUGGAUGAGGAAACACACAGUUUCACGAAACAAGUUGAUAGUUUAAGAGGUUAUCUAGAUGCCAAAGAUUUGGGUAGCUUAAAGCCAGCCAAAGCUUUUAUCAAGUUAGUUACGACUGCUAGGAGAGCAUCUAAAGAUGAUAUUUCCAAAGCGCUGUCGUCAAAGAAGAACAAGGGAAUUUUGCUUCAGCUGUACGAUAUCCUUGGAUAUGCUCAAACCAAAGACUCCCAUGAGGCUGUGAUGAAAUCCAUACAUUUAGACAAUGAAAACCAAAUUGAGGUCAGCGAAAGGUAUUUGUGGGCUACGUCGUUUUCUUCACAACCAAAUCCUGACAUAGCUGAGAACCUUUUGAAGCAGUACAAGAAAUUAACGAAUAUUCCGCCAAAAAUUCAGGAGACGUUGGUAUUGACCCUUGGUUCUAUGGCGUAUAAGCUUGGCAAGCUGCCUGACAAAAAGUUGCAUGUAAAGAUAAUUCGUGAUAUCGAGGAAACCAUCCUGAACAAUUUAGACUAUGCCAAAGGUGAAAACAAAUUCGUAUUCUUCAGAGCUUUGAAGAAUCUCCAUUCUCCUAGCACCAUUACAGUACUUUUGAAUUAUGUAACGAAUGGAACCCAAAAAGAGGGCGUACUAGCUUGGAAGGCUAUCAAAGCCUUUGGUCCAGAUUUGUGGGAUGAAAGGAUCCAGUCAGCUGCUGUUAAGGCCUUUUUCCAAUUGGACAGGAAAUACGAUUCCAGUUCAAGAACUUUAGCGGCCGAUAUCUUGAUAGAAUCUCAACCAAACGACAGAUUGCUAGAAGACAUCCUGAACUUCCUCAUAGGAACCGAUCCAGCGUACGAAGUCAAGCAGUACGCCAACCGAAAGAUUGGGAUGCUUGCCGAUGAAGAUAACACAAUCAGAGCUAGAGUACAGAAAAUAAUAAGAAAAAAUCCAAAGUUGAACAACUACCAUGGACUAGCUCCAAGAGGUUUGUCGCUUGCUCUUACGAGAAGGUUUAUGUCAAAUCCGUAUAGCAAUGGCAGUUUAGUGACCGUGCAAGAGAUGAAGAGUGGUAUUGCCAAGAGAGGGACUGUUGAUGUGGUUCUGGAUAAACAUGGGUUCUCCAAGGAACUGUUCAGCGUAAGUAUAUUGUACAUUUUUAUCUUCAUUUGGAUUGAAACUAUCGCGCUAGCUCAGCAAGUGCGUAUUCCUUUGAUAACAUUUUUGCGAUUUGUACUAACGAGAAAGGCUGUCGAGGUGGCCGAAACUUCAGUGAGCAGGCGACUCUAUACACAAUUUCCAACAGGACAUCGGAAAUUACCCUUCCAACCUGUUUCAUGCUACAAUUCCCUUGACCGUUCAAUGCCAAAAUAUACCUCGGCCGACAGACACUACAGAUACCAGAUGAUUUUUCAUUUAGAUUCAUUAAAAUGAAAAGCAAUAUCUGGUAACUGCUGGCCGGGUUCAGGAACCGGGCCAGCGAUGUCGUUCGUUUGUGGUCCUCAUUACCAUCGAUGGUAUGUUUUGGAAUGGGGUAAAUGGGAACGGAAAGGAAUCUAACUCACGAAACUUAGCCUGUGGUUUUUAUGUCCAUAGGACUCCAUAGCCAGCAGCGGUGGUGUAGUGGUAGACGUUAUGGGUCUACUAAUCAGUUACUGUACGCCGCGCGGAUUGAAUCCCGUCCCAAGAAAUUGUUUUCUGUUUACUACGGAUGUUGUGAUUAUCCGUACCGCGGUUCCACCCGGCGGGGCCAGAAUGCGUGCAUGUUGCAUGCACGCGUCUUCCCUCGCUAGAGUCCGUGUGGCGCCCCCCUUUACCCUGUAUCGCCUAUAGCCCCGCGGUACCCAUGCGUGUUUAGGCCUUAGGUCUACGUAGAGUUUGGAUUACGAGGGCGGUUCAAUAAGUACCCGUGUUAGAAAUGAAGACACCAUUUAAAAAAAAAUCUUUUUAUUUUUCAACAUAAUCCCCUUUUAGACAGAUUCACUUUUCCCACCGUUCCUGCCAUUAUUUAACCCGUCCAAAAAUAGGAUCUGUCGAACACUCCAAAAUACGCCUCUGUCUCGGCGAUGACUUCCUCAUUUGAGCUAAAUUUUUUCUCCUCGAGCUAUUUCUUCAAGCCAGGGAACAAGAAAAAGUCGCAGGGGAUCAGAUCGGGUGAAUACGGGGGGUGCGGCAGCACUUCAUAA